GGUCACGAGCGGACGAACAGCACCGACCUGUUGCGAAGAAUGUGACAGAGAAACAUUUUUUAUUUCAAUUAUAGCGCAGCGUCGCCGAGCUUUGGCACAUUUCUGUCCCUGGUGUUUGUGUUAAAGACGCCAUGGAGCCGAUAACGAAGUGGACGCCGAAGCAAGUUGUCGACUGGAUGAAAGGAUUAGACGACAGCCUGCAGCAGUACGUGAGCAACUUUGAGCGGGAGAAGAUCAGUGGGGAGCAGCUACUGAAGAUCACACAUCAAGACCUGGAGGAGCUCGGCGUGGCCAGGAUUGGACACCAGGAACUGGUGCUGGAGGCUGUCGAUCUACUCUGCGCUCUGAACUACGGGGUAGAGACAGACAACUUGAAGAAUCUGGUUGUGAGGAUGAGAGCUGCAACCAACAGUCUACACAUGGCCACGUCCGACCGCAGGAAAAGCCCCGCGUACGAUGGCAGCACCUCGCGCAAACCCCCCAACGACUUCCUUACCUCAGUGGUGGAGCUGAUCGGCGCUGCAAAGAGCCUACUGGCGUGGCUCGACAGGACACCUCUGACAGGGAUCAGUGACUUCACAGCCACCAAGAACAAGAUCAUUCAGCUGUGCCUGGAGCUCACCACCACAGUUCAACAGGACUGCAGUGUUUACGAGAUGGAAGAGAAGAUCCUGGAAGUGUCUAAGAUUUUGAACAGCAUCUGUGAUCAGACCGUGAGAACCACCUCUGACCCCCUGAUGAGCCAGUCGGCCUGCUUGGAAGAAGUCCAGCUGACCAAUAUCAAGCCGGGAGAGGGUCUGGGGAUGUACAUCAAGUCCACCUAUGAUGGGUUACAUGUCAUCACAGGAACCACGGAGCACUCACCUGCAGACCUGACAAGGAAGAUCCACGCUGGUGAUGAGGUGAUCCAGGUCAACCAGCAGACUGUGGUGGGCUGGCAGUUGAAAAACCUGGUUAUCAAACUGAGGGAGGAUCCCAAAGGUGUGGUUCUACUCCUCAAGAAGAGGCCCACUGGCACAACAGGUUUCACCCCCGCCCCACUCAAGAACAUGCGCUGGAAGCCCCCAGUACCGCAGAACAAUUCCUCCUUGAUCAGAGCCCAGUCUCCCUGCGGCUCAGCUAAUGGAUCAACCAAGAAGGAGAAGCCGGCUAUCCUGGAUUUGUACAUCCCCCCUCCUCCUCCAGUGCCAUACACGCCACGAGAGGAGAGAGCAGACACCUUCUCCAGCAUUAGUAAAAGACCAAAGGGCUCUGAGUCGCCCAACUCCUUUCUCGACCAGGAGAGCAGAAGACGCUGCACCAUCGCUGAUUAUGACAAGCUGAGCGUCGGCUGUCCCAUCGAGGCUAACGUGAUACAGCCCAGAAUGAGGGAGCACAAGCCCUCACGUGGGAAGCCCCGGCCCCUCUCCAUGCCAGCGGACACCUGUGUUGGAGUGGUAGAUCCAUAUGCUAAGCCCUGGACACAGGGAAGGAAAGGUGAAGACCUCCUGUACAGAUACCUGAGCAAUGAGAGGAUCCCCACCAUUGCAGAGGAGGUCCCCUCGGUAUCUCCACCCUACAGGCCUGCGGGGGAACGUCACCUCGUCAGAGUGGACCACAUCAGGGGCAGCCGCUACUACUCCAACUCAGACCUCCACAACAGCGCCACCAUCCCCUACCAGGAGGACAUGAGAAAGGCCCCCGUAGCCCCUGUCUCCAAGCGCACAACGGCAGAACGCUCACUACUGGGACCCGACUGGCACUCUAGCAGUGACUUCCUCAACCGGUAUAAUCAACCACAAAUACGAUCCUGGUCCUUCUCCCAAGCAGCUGCUUUCCCCAUAUCUGUUCACCCCUCUAUGGCUGCUGAUGACUACAACCCUGUCUCCCUCCGACACAAAUCCAAGAGGAAGACCCGAGGAGGCAAUGGCACAAUGAGCAGGAGGCGGAUCUCGGUCAAAGAGCUGGGUCAGCCAGACCACCAGGGCUGGCUGUACAGGAAGAAAGAGAGCAAGGGCUUCCUGGGUAUCAAAUGGAAGAAGUACUGGUUUGUGCUGAAGAAGACGUCUCUCUACUGGUACAGCAACCAGCUGGCAGAAAAAGCUGAAGGCUACAUUGACCUCACCAACUUCAUGAUUGACAGAGCCAUAGAGUGCAAGAAGAAACAUGCAUUCAAAGCCUGCCACCCACAAGUCAUGAUGUUUUAUUUUGCUGCCGAGAGCCACGAGGACAUGAAUUUAUGGUUGAAUAAGCUUGGGCUUGCCUCCAUUCAGUAUGAGCCAGCGGAACGAAACCCUGCAGUUGAGUGUUAUAGUGAAGCCAGUGAUCAUGAAGAAGCUGAAAGCACAGAGAUUCCCCCUCCUCCAUACUCUGAACAAAGCCUGAGGGACUCUGUGGAUGCAUCCGGUCCACCUGGUAGCACACAUCAGGGUACCCUUCCUCCCCCUUACUCCUCUGCAGUUCCCAGCGAAGCCAACGGAUCGCACUCGUCCCCCGUCAGUACGAUGACAUCGCAGGGCUCCAGCUCCUCGCUCGGCAAGCAACGGCAGUCCUGGUUGGACCUGGUCUCGCAGGCAACUCCUCCCGCCGCGGAAACGGCUGUGGUGUGCUCAGUUCAAGUACACUCGCACCCCCCUCCGCAAGAGGAGACGGAAGAAGAGGAUGACCCCCAGGUAUUGGAGAGCUCGUCUCAGCAAGAUUCUCCGGAGACAGGGUCCAAUGAGGAAAGCCCUCCUGCAGAGGAGGAGGCAGAGAGGGUCGUUUCAGGUGCUCAACGAAAAGAGGUCCAUGGGAACAACUCAGAUGAGAUGGAGAAGCUGUAUAUUCAUCUAAAAGAGGCCAGCCUCUCACCAAUAGGAGAUCGUAAACCAUCUACCAAAAGGGAAUUCAGAGCCUCCUUUGUAAAGCGAUGUAAAAACCAGGCUGUAAAUGAUAGACUGCACCUUAUCAGGACUCUCAACAGCACAUUGAAGUCAAAAGAGGCAGACCUACAGGCAAUAGAGCAGGUGCUCUCGGACCCGGAGCUUACCUCAGACAAGUUCAGAGAGUGGAAGGAGGCCAAUGCACCCUUGGUGCAGGAGAUCUGUGACAAACAGGACCAGCAGGUGGCAUCAGAGGCCACAAAAGCUGCAUCAUCAGAAGCCACGAAAGCUGCAGCAUCAGUCCUUGCUGCUCCAGUGGUCGAGACCAGUUUAUAAGGACUAAACAAGACUGGUUUGAUUGUGUCUGGACUCGGAGGUCUUCACACUCAUUCUUUUGAUACAGACACACUGCUGUUGUUAAUUAAAACUACUGUUCCAUAUCAGCACACUUUACAUACUAUUCAACAAGUAACUGGAUCAAUGAAGAAGAGUCUUUUAAUUUCCUAAAUGGAGAUGGAGCAGACAUUAAUAUGAUUAGCAGGUCACAUUAAAAUGUGAAAUUUGUCUUAGUAUUACUUUUCCUGUUUGACUUGUAAGAUUAGCUCGUUUUACAGAUGUUUAGGUUGUAAUUUUGUGAAGCUGUGCAUAUUUUUUAAUAUUUGGAAUGAUGGAGUACAUUGAAACAAUGGAUUCAUUGUUCUCUGCAUGGAAACACUUGUUUUUACUGUAUGGUUUAUCUACUUUGGUUUCAUCAGUGGUGAACACAUUUUUAACUGUUUUCAGUCAAUUAUUGGUGCCAUGCACCAUCACUGUCUGUUACACAUGUUUUAUAGUAACUGUUUUGAAUGAUUGGUUUGUGUUGUUCACCCUACAAAUGAUAUUGUCAUACAUGUCUUGAAGACUUUUCAGACUGAACACCAGGGCCUGGAAUAAGAGAAUAAAUGGUGGUCACAAAUCAUAAUAUUUUAUGAUUUUAUAAACUUUUUAAGAGUCAAAUGUCAAAAUGUCAAAUCGUUGUUACUACAGUGUAAUUUAAAGCCAAGAUAUAAAAAAAUCACUUCAUUUUAAGCAGAAAAUGCUAUGUAAUUAUGUAUUUUACUAAACUAAAUCAAUUUUAAAUGAAGAACUCCAACCUUAAUGUUAAAAUGACCUUCUUACUGACCAAUAUGAAUGGCAUUUACAGCCUGUUAAACUUAAGGUAUACCAGUAUUCAUUUGCAUUUAAACAUAGGAUGCAUGUUGGAUAAUUCUCAGGAAAAAAAUUCUAAUAUUUUGCUUUAAGACCCCCAUUACAAACAAGUCCAGCAGACCCAAACCCUGUACUGUUACAUAGUCAUGUAGAUACAGACAUAAGGCAUUAUGUGAUUUAGCAGAUUUAGGAAAAUGAGGCCAACACCUACUGGUAGGAGCCCAACAAAGCUCCAGGCACAGAGAUGAAUAUUUUUUAUCUGAAUAACAUUUCAUCUGUCAUGCAUGUUAAAUAUUAACUCAGUGUAAAUAGUUGUAUGGAUGUGUGAUGUUAAUUAUGUUGAUAUCGAGUCAGUGUGCUUGUUUGUAUACAGGGAAAUAAAGAUGACACGUGUGAACAUGU